AUCAGAGCAUAGAGCUAGCAAGCUAAGAGCAAUACCAAAGCAUGGGUCCAUCAACGCUCCUUCUGAUAAUGGUGGUCGCCGGCGUCGCCGCGGUACACGGCCACCUUGCCACCGACACUCCGGCGGCACAGUUCUGGGAGCAGGCCCUCCCGGGCACGACGAUGCCAGAGGCCAUUGCAGAUCUUGUCAUGAAAGGCAUUGACCACUCGCCGCUCGUGGAGCACUACUCUGUACUCCCCAGUAUCAGUGUAUGCACACUCUUCAGCUCCGUUUGCAAUCCACGGACAGUCGCCGAGACCGGCAUCUUCUUCCACGAGGCGCAGCUGCUGCCGGGCAGCGCCAUGACGCUCUCCUUCCCGGCAGACGCUGAGGCGGCGAUCCUCCCCCACGACGUCACCGGGAAGGUCCCCUUCAGAAACCUAGCAGACGUCCUCGCCACCUUCAACGUCCCGGUGGGCUCCGACGAGGCCGCCCAGGUGAGGGACACCCUGCGCAGGUGCCAGGAGCCGCCCGUCGCCGGCGAGGUCAAGACCUGCGCCACGUCCCUGGAGGGCACCGUGCGCAGCGCCAUGGCCAUGCUCGGCACCGUGAACGAGCAGGGCGUGUGGGCGGCCACGUCGGCGCUCCCCCACGGCGGCCUGCCGCGUCAGACCUACGUGGUCCGGGCGGUCUCCCCGCUGGACGGCGACCGCUACGUGUCCUGCCACAGGGUGCCGUUCCCCUACGCCGUCUACCAGUGCCACGCUGCGGAGAACGGGUACAGAGCCUACGUGGUCUCGCUCAGCGGCCUCCGUGGCGGCCCGGCGGCUUCCAUGCUGGCGUUCUGCCACGCCGACACCUCCAGCUGGAACCCGGCUCACCCGGCCUUCGAGGUGCUCAACACUCGCCCCGGUGGCACGCCGGUGUGCCACUUCAUGCCUUACGGUGACCUGGCGUUCGUCAAGAAGGCAGGAAGGGCCUAUUAGCUUGCUUUGCGCAAUCUAAGCAUCGCCAUAAAUGAAGUAUAACGGCCACCUCUAAUCCUCGCAUUUUGGACAUGGAUCGACAUGGCGAUCUUUGUUCAUACCACACAUGUGCACUAUACAAGUAUGCAUGGCCUUGUGUGCAUUCGAAGGUGGCGGCUAUUAUAUUGAAUAAUGACGGUGCUAGAACUAGGUUCAUAAAAAGGGCCUCUAGGUUUGUUUGGGAUCUUAAGUCGUGCAAGUAUCGGUGUAAAGACUCUGGAUCGACUAUGGAAAUAAAUUUGUGUCGUCAGUUGCAUGUACAACUGAUUGUAUUGUAUAUAAAUACUAGCAAAUAUGCUCGUGCAUUCGCAA